AUUCCACGCAGUAUCAGUGUACGCUGAGCCGCAAGAUGUUCAGCUUCGCGGUAAUCGCUUGGCUGCUGUCCUGCAGCGCUGUGCUGGGCAUUGAGGUUGACUUGCAGCUAGGCCGCAUACGUGGUGUCAAUCUGACAUCGAGACUGGGUUUGCCGUUUCAUGCUUUUCGCGGCAUACGCUAUGCGGAGCCGCCACUGGCUGAGUUGCGCUUUAAAAAUCCACAGCCAGUUAAUGCCUGGGCACCGGCUACUUUCGAUGCUGAACAGGACGGACCCAUGUGCCCGCAGCCGUGGGACAAUAUGACAGAUGUGUCAGAGGACUGUCUCCGCCUGAAUGUGUAUACGAAAAAUCUAAACGCAACUGCUCGUCUGCCAGUCAUUGUGUUUCUGCAUCCCGGUGGAUUCUAUGUAUUCUCUGGCCAGAGCAAAUACUUUGCCGGCCCGGCGCAUAUGAUGGAUCGCGAUUGUGUGCUGGUCACACUGAACUAUCGUUUGGGGAGCCUCGGUUUCCUAGCCACAGGCAGUGCAGAUGCCCCCGGCAAUGCUGGACUCAAGGAUCAGGUACUGGCCCUGCGCUGGAUUCAGCAGCACAUCCAUCGCUUUGGCGGCGAUCCUCAGUCGGUGACGCUGCUGGGUUACAGUGCGGGCAGCCUGAGCAUCGGCUUGCACAUGUUGUCGCCGAUGUCGCGGGGUCUGUUCCAUCGUGGCAUCUGUAUGAGUGCCUCGCCCUAUGGCCAGUGGGGAUAUGAGACGGCGGAUGUGCAGCUGGCACAGCGCCAGGCACGUCUCCUGAACUGUCCAGAGCAGCCAGUUAAGGAUUUGGUCAGUUGUCUGCGUGAGAAACCCAUGCAGGACUUUGUUAGCUCCUACAACGGCAUGUUCGAGAUUGGCUGGAAUCCAGUGCUCAACUGGCUUCCAGUCAUUGAACAGGACUUUGGUCAGGAGCGUUUUCUGCUCGAGGAUCCAUACAAAACGGCUCAGAGUGGACACUUUUACAAGGUGCCUCUCAUCACGGGCAUCACCGAGUUUGAGUUUCUCUCGGGCGCAUUCUUUGAUUUGCGCAAUGACAGCAUACGCGAAAAGCUGAAUGCUAACUGGGAGCAUUUUGCACCCAUAGCGCUGCUGUUCGAGCGGGACACGCCCCACUCGCGGCAGGCCAGUGCUGUGCUACGAAACGAGUAUCUGGGCAGUGGUUGCAUCGAGAAUCCGGGAUCCCUGCAAGGCCUGGGCAGGCUCUAUAGUGAUGCCCUCAUAGGCGUCGAGUACCAUCGAUUUAUGCGCCUGAUGUCCUCCCAUACACCCAUAUACACGUACUAUUUUCGCUACAAGGGGCGCUACAGCUUCCUGAAGCAUCCCGAUACCAAUCAAACUUUUGGUGCCGUACAUCACGACGAACUCUUGUACUUGUUUCACGUUCCGAUUCUAACUCCUCUCCUCAAACAGAGCGACCCCGAGAAUUUGCUUAUUGAACGGCUCACACGAAUGUGGACUGAGUUCGCCAGAAAGGGCGAUCCCCACAAUGCAACUGAUGAAUACUUACGCGGCCUUCAUUGGCCUUUAUACAAUUCCCAUGAUCAAGCGUACUUAGAAAUUGAUAUCAAUCUAACGGCGAAAAAUGGCAAUAUUCACGAAGAACGUUUCAAAGUUUGGGAUGAACUGUUUCCGUUUCCGAGCUUCUAACUGAAAUAUGACAAUGUUACUCUUAUCCAUAUGAUUACAUGCAAGAUUUGAAUUGAAAGAUUUGAAUUAAGAAUAAACUAAAAAUGCCGAAAAUGCGCUUCACAGCCCAAUAAUAGCUUA